AUGGCUCUCGUACAAACCGAAUUGACCAAAAUGCUUGGAAUCAAGCACCCAAUCAUUUUAGCUGGAAUGGGUACUGCCGCUGGAUCUGAGCUAGCUGCAGCCGUCACCAACGCUGGAGGUUUGGGAGUCAUUGGUGAUCUGGUUGACAAGAAGGCACCAUUCGGUGUUGACUUGCUUCUUCCUCAAGUUGGAGGUGGUGCCAGAGCUACCAACUAUGACUAUACCAAGGGACAGCUACCAGGACUAAUUGAUGCCAUUAUUGAAGAAGGCACCAAAUUAUUCGUUUGCGCUAUCGGUGUACCACCAAAAUGGGCAGUUGACAAAUUACACGCUCACGGCAUCCUCGUUAUGAACAUGAUCGGAGCCCCCAAGCACGUUGCCAAAGCCUUAGCCGUCGGUGUAGAUAUUAUCUGUGCUCAAGGUGGUGAAGGUGGUGGACACACUGGUGACAUUGCAACCAGUAUCCUUGUGCCAAAAGUCGUCGACUUGUGCAAGGGACGAGUAUCACCGAUGACUGGUAAACCUAUUCAAGUAGUCGCUGCUGGUGGUAUCUACGAUGGUCGAUCUGUCGCUAUGGCCUUAUGUUUGGGUGCUCAAGCUGUAUGGGUUGGAACUCGUUUUGUCUGUGCUACUGAAGCUGGUGCUUCUCGUGCUCACCAAGAAGCUGUCAUCACUGCUGAUUACACAGACACAUGCCGUACCUUGAUCUUCUCAGGACGACCUCUACGUGUCCGAAAGACCGCCUAUGUUGCUGAUUGGGAGAACAACCGUCAAGCUGAAAUUGAAGAAAAGACCAAGCGAGGAAUUGUUCCAGCAGUCGAAGAUAUGGAGACUCAUGACUAUUCGGAUGAUGAGAUGUUGGCUCGACGAGCUUACUUGAUGGGACAAGUGGCUGGUUCCAUCAAAGACGUAAAACCAGCUCGAGAAAUUGUCGAGGAGAUGGCUACUGAAUGCGCCCAAGUCUUGCGCUCCAGGGCCUCCCUCAUUAUUGGAUCUUCCAGUGGAAGCAGCGCUCGUCUGUAA